GAGUCACGGUGGUUGUUCAUGGCUGAACAUUACUUAAAAUAGGACUUCUCCUUGUUCUCUGAGCACAUUCACAAACAAACAUGAGUAACUUUAAGCAGAUCCUGAGAGAGUUUGGGGAGUUUGGGUUGUUUCAGAAACGUUUGGUGGCUGCAUUAUGCAUCCCCACGAUUUUUGUUGCUUUUGACAUGAUUUGUCAGGUGUUUGUGGGUCAAAACUUUCCACAUUACUGUAACACUGACUGGAUCCUGGAGAGAGGGCCGAACCUGACAAAAGAGACACAGAGAAAUCUCACACUCCCCGUGAACAAGGAUGGGAAAUAUGAAAGCUGCAAAAUGUUCACACCUGUGGAUUUCGACUUGGAAACAACUGAAGUUUAUGGGAUUAACGCAACAACAGAGUGCAUCGAUGGAUGGGACUAUGAUGCUACAAGAGGUGCCUCGAGCCUUUUCACAGAGGUAUUAAAAACCUUUUAAUAUAUGCAGAGUAAUUAAAUAAAUAGAGAAAAGUAAUAGCAAAGUAAUCUCGAUAGAACUGCACGUUUUGAUAUAUUUUUCCUACAACUCUUAAAGCUGUAGGACUAGUAGCGAAUCGGAUUGUUUUCGAAAGAGGAGUAAGAAAAAAUCCACUUUAUAACAAAAGUUAUAAUGUACAGACGCCUGGUGUAAAGUUUAUAUAGGCCAGUUCCGAAGUGUCUUUGCCCUGUGGUCCUAAUAAAGAGUUAGAUUGAAAGUAAUCGUUUUAUUGUUAAUCAAAUUGCAUUAGAUGUGAUUCAAUGAUUAGAGCAGUCUCUGAUUAGUUAAUUGGUCUCAGCUGCGGCUGAGGUUGCCAUGGCAACUUGAGCUGGUUGCCCAUGACGAUAGAUGCACCGCAGGCUGAGGCAGUCAAAUCGUCGACAAAAAGUGAUUUAUUAUUUUUUUUUUUUUGCUUCAGCGCUGGUCUCAUAUUUAGGCUUUUUCGGACAAAACUGUAGCUCCUAUCAGAAAACAAAGCACACCAUGUUCAUCUUUAGGACUUCCAAUGCUUUGAUAUGAUUUUGGUGUUUCUACAGUAAAUAGUUUGGACAUACUUGCAAGUUAUAAACUUCUGCAUCUCUCAGAAAAUUAGCGUGAAUGAGGAACAGAGAGAGACAUUGCUGCACUGAGAGGCUAUGUGUUUAAAUUCUGUAAGUCUCUUUACUUAGAUAAACACAUUGUUAGAGACAGAAAAAAAUGUGUCUACAACUGUGGAAAAAAAACCAUGCAUGUAGAGUGUAGUUUGUGGCCAAGAGGAGCAUGAGGUGAAAAAAAGUUUCAGACAAUUUCAUGCAACUUCUCUCACUCUCAAAAUUUCUCCAAAUGAUCAUGGUCAUUAAACAGAGAGUGAUAAAAACACUGCUAUACCAACCAAAAUGUGGAUUAAUACACCAAUAGAUGAGACUUUAAAAUUUAAAUGGAGUCUCCCGGUGAAAGUAUAUCAGAGAAAAAGAUGUUUGGAAAAACUCCUAGAACUACUUUUUUUUUUUUUUGCUUGUCCCAUAGACUUCAAUGCAAAAUUUUCAGUUUUUCGCAAGUUCUACGUCACAGUUUAACAAUAGUGUACCUUGGAAGAGGUUUACGGAAAUAGGAGAUGAUGGAUUAGCGCCUGUGUUUUGUAGUAACUGUAAAUAUUAAGCUGAUGACUAUAUUGAGUCAUUGCUGAGACAUACAAAUUGUACUUAGUGUUUUCCUCUGCUCUCACCAUCUCUUUUGUUCCCAGUUUGACCUGGUUUGUGACAGGAACGGCCUUAUUGAGGCAUCUCAGUCCAUCUAUAUGGGGGGUCUUCUUAUUGGAGCACCCUUGACGGGACAGAUGGCUGACAGGUACAUGUUGGCGCCAGCCCCCAACCUCUUUUUCUAAAUUUUGACUUAUGCUGCUUAGUGAAACAGCAAGAAUAAGUAGCUUCAGUUGGAUUGGUCAUGUUGUCCUGUUGAGACAGAAUUAUUUGACUGUAAAAGCUGUAGUGGAGGUUAUAAUAGAGUUGAAAUGACAUCUGUGAAUAUGGCAGAGGUGGAAGGGUGGAACAGUACCAUGCAUUUUUCAAGCCUUAGGAUGCUGUUUCCACUCCAGGAAAGCAGUGUGACAGAACUGCUUGUCAAGUGUAAUGAAUAUCCAGCUCUUCUUCUUUUCUCUUCGUAGGUUUGGUCGACGCUUUGUGGUCCUGCUCUCACUCUUCAUCCUGCUUUUGUUCGGCGUUGGAGCUGGUUUCUCUCCCAACAUCUAUGUCUAUAUGGUGAUCAAAUUUUUUGGUGGUAUCUCGAUUUCAGGCAUUAUUGGUAAUGCCUACGUCAUAGGUAGGUGAAAGGUUUAUCUUCAAACUUCUAUCUGGAUGUGUUGCUGCCAUUGAACUGAAGAUGAAGAUUGCAUGUCGCCAAAAAUAAAGAACAACUCAUUUUACUAAAAAGGGUGCAAUUUUUGUUUGUAUCACUACCUUGAAGGUGGAGAGUGGAGUGGGUCCUCCAAGUUUGCUCUGUGCUCCAUCGUCUGCAAAUCUGUGUACCCCAUCGGAUUGAUGCUGCUGUCAGCUGUUGCCUAUUUUAUCCGUGACUGGAGGAUCCUGCAGUUUGUGCUCUUCAGCCCUCUCUUUAUUGUUCUGGGAGUCUUUUACUGGUCAGUUGCCGCUUAGGAAAUACAGUUUGAAUAUAGGUCCACAUUAAAGACUAACCCUAUUUUUCAAUUAGGGUUCUUCCUGAGUCAGCACGCUGGCUGAUCACCCAGGGAAGGAAAGAGGAGGUCAUAAAGGAGGUCCGGAGGGCAGCUAAGAUAAAUGGAAGGAAGGUCCCGGAAGAUCUGCUGGAGAAAGUAAAUUAAGAAACAGAAAACCUUUGACUUUGACCAAAUCAAGAGCAAGUAUCAACUUUAUCCUGUAAAGAUAAACUGUAAAGGUAUAAACAAACACAGAAUAUUGAUUUUAUUGUUUUGUUUAGCUGGAGGUUGAGGAGGCACCCCAUAAAACAGGCAUGUUGGACAUCUUUAGAAUACCAUAUCUACGAAAACGUACUCUCGUAAUGAGCUUUGUUUGGUAAGUAUUUAUGUCAAAUAUGUCCUGCUGCUACACACAUUGAUAAAUAUGCAGGCUUUAUAUCUUUCAAUCUGUGAACAGGUUUGGAACAAAUCUAACUUAUGAUGGCCUGAGCCUGAACGUUGGCAAUUUUGGUCUGGAUAUCUACCUGACCCAGCUGGUCUUUGGUCUAGUGGAGUUUCCAGGGCGCCUUGGCUGUUUGCCUUUGAUCCAGCGUUAUGGGAGGAAAAAAUGUCUGGUUGCUCUCCUGUUUUUUGGUGGCGUUGCUUGUCUUGUGGUACUUGCUGUCCCAAAAGGUAAUUUGUUAGAUUCCUAUGUUUAAAAAAUGACUCUUUAACCACAUGCUAUUUUGUCCCAUUAUACACACCAUCAUUUAGAAACCACAAUGUCCUCCUGCUCCUUUCAGUUCUUAUAUUCUCUCCACAGACUGUCCUGUUGCUAUAACAGUCAUUGUUGUAUUGGGAAAAUUUGCUUCCACUGCCUGUUUCACCAUUAUAUUUGUAUAUACCGCAGAACUGUACCCCACCACUCUAAGGUAAGGUUUUUAGAGUCCUGGAGAGAGUACAUAUAAUAUUUAUUGUACUUUAUGAUUGAUUGAAAUGGUCAUGAUUCCAGUUGUUAUGUACUGUAUGAUUACUGAUCUUCCUGGUUUGUGCUGGUAGGCAGAAUGGUGUAGGAGUGAACUCCACGUUUGCUCGCGUUGGAGGUAUCCUCGCUCCACUGAUCAGACUCACAGCCAUUUAUCAUUACUCCCUCCCCAUGCUAAUCUAUGGUAUCAUCCCUAUUGCUGCGGGGGGCAUCGCUCUGCUGCUGCCUGAAACGCUCAACGUUGAACUCCAAGACCACCCUGAAGUCCUGUGGUGAUGAACUAUUCAAAAUUAGGCUGUUAUUUAGCUUGAUGAAAUUAUGUAUAAAUGGUUUCCUCUUUUUAAUUGCAGAGAACCUGAGAGCCGGAAAGGGAAAGGAUCAUUUUCACAGCAGAUGAAAUGUCAGAAAGGAGAGGUAAAUUUACAAACAUUGGAGCAGUUAUAAUCAUCACAGAAAAACACAUGGAAGAAGGUCCAUCAGCACAAGAGAGAGGUGUGUGACAAAAGGAAACCGUAACUGAAGACCAAAUCUGCUUAUAAUAAUCGUUACUAAAAGCUGUUAUGAAUGCUAAUCACUCAUAAGGGUCAUUAUAAAGCCUUAUAGAUGGCAAUGCUGCUCCCUUGUACCCUUGUUGGUGUUUUGGAAAUUUUAGGUACGAACUUUUUUUAACUCUUAAAUUGGUACUGUAUUAAUUAUGGAUUUCAUACAGGUCACUGUGAUUACAAGUGAUGUGAUUACCUCUCUUUUUAUUGUAUAAUCACAGCUUUGAAUGUCUUAUCUCUGUCAAUUUUACCCUUUUAUGUAGAUAGUCGUCUGACUCUAAAGAAAGACCCCUCUUGUCUGUUUCAUGUCAAAUGUAUCCCUCAAUGUGAAUGCUUUUAGCAGUUAACCAGCAGUGAAAUCAAAUUUGUCUGCCAGCUGAUGCUUUCAUUUGCAUUUCUGAUUGCGGCAUUAAUUCAGGUCCCUGUGGAACCACCUAAAACUCCUCAAAGGGGUUUCAUUUAAAUAUUUUGAAAAAGUGAUUUUUUUUCAUACAUUUUGAAGGAGGGAGUGAGGGAAGCAGUGAUGAGAUAGUUGCAAUCUGAAUCCUCAACACCAGAUGUCACCAAAGUUUACACAGUCACCCUAUCAAAGUUGUGACAGGAUAAUGUCUGAUGUGUUCACUAGUCUUUUUUUUUUUAUUUCUAAACGGAUCAGUAUUAUGUUUUAGUUUCCUCUCAGGAUCAGAAUUGUUAUCCAUAAUAAAUGAUAUUCUUCAAAUAAAAGUCUCCAAGACUGA